ACGGGCAGACGUAGGGCAGCGCCUUCGCCGGCUCGUACUGAGCACGCGCAGGCGGCUCCGGCAUGUUCCGACAAGCGGCGACGGGAGGCCGUUCCUGACACUGCACCGGCCACUGGCGGGAUGAGAUGACAUCAGUUCGGCGGGACGCGCGCAGGCGGGACAACGCAGCAAAGAGGAGAGUGUAUGAAAACUCCAUGGGGUCAGCCAAAAAUGUGAUAAGUGAGACUGUUGAUGUAGCAGAGGGUUAUAACAUGAUGGCUUCUUUCCAGCGCUCUAAUAGUCAUGACAAAGUGAGGAAAAUUGUUGCAGAAGAGGGUCGUACAGCAAGAAACCUUAUUGCAUGGAAUGUCCCACUGGAAAGCAAAGAGGACGAUAGUAAGUCUAAAUGGCAAGUAGGUGGAAAAUCUAAGAGAGUGGUUCAUGGAACACAUAAACCUACAAAACAGAGCACCACAGUAGACUGUAAAAUAACAUCAGGAGCCGCUGGAGAUAAAAAUUUUGACAAAAGCCCAACAAAAACAAGGCAACCUCGAAAAGUUGAUUUGAGAGCUCGAUAUUGGGCAUUUCUUUUUGACAAUCUUAGACGGGCAGUUGAUGAAAUCUAUGUUACUUGUGAGUCGGAUCAGAGCGUAGUAGAAUGCAAGGAGGUUCUAAUGAUGCUAGAUAACUAUGUAAGAGAUUUCAAGGCAUUGAUUGACUGGAUACAGCUACAGGAAAAGCUAGAAAAGGCUGAUGCUCAAAGCAGACCUACUUCAUUGGCUUGGGAAGUAAAGAAGAUGUCUCCAGGACGCCAUGUAAUACCAAGUCCAUCAACAGAUAGAAUCAGUGUAACAUCAAAUGCUCGAAGAAGUUUAAAUUUUGGGAAUCCAUCUGUGACAAUUGCUACCACUCGUCUGGCUCCUUCAGGUGUAAGUUGGGCUGAUAAGGUGAAAGCCAACCAUGGAGCUAAAGCUGCCACUCCAGAGCUAGCAACUACACAAACCUGCAUGCCAACACCAGUGCAGAAGUCAUCACGGAGAAAUGAACAGAUGCUGAGUGAACAUCCCAGGAGAUGGAAGAAAUUCUUAAUUCAUAGGAGCAAGAAAAGAGAACGAAAGGAUGCAGAAGGAUGGGAAACAGUUCAGCGCGGAAGGCCUGUUCGAUCUCGAUCUACAGCUGUAGCGACAAAAACUCCUGUAGCUUCAGAAUUGCUAAAAACUAAAGAUGACAGUGACAAAGAAAAUGUGGUCUUCAGACCAUCAGAAAGUAAACAGAAGAAUUCAUUCGAUGAACAUAGUGCAUCCAAAAAUACAGAACCUCUGCAGAAAGAUUCUUUAUAUCUGAGUGAUCAUCUUCUUGCUGAAAGGAUUCAGUUCACAGCACACACACUAGAAGAUACCAGAAACACUGGCAGCGUGGUUUUACAGGACAGUUCUUGCUUACGAACACCUUCUGAAAUGCCUGCAGUUGUCAUAGACACUGAACAUACUUCAGAAAGUCUACAGAUUGAUGCAUCUUCCUCCCUGAUCUCUGGUAGUAAAGAACAACAUGAAGCAUUAAACAAGAUAGAAAGUGAAAUGGACCCCUCAGACAUUUCAAAUUCUAUGGCAGAAGUCCUUGCUAAAAAAGAAGAGUUAGCAGAUCGCCUGGAAAAGGCCAAUGAAGAAGCAAUAGCUAGUGCCAUUGCAGAAGAAGAGCAGUUAACUAGAGAGAUUGAAGCAGAAGAAAACAAUGACAUUAACAUUGAGACUGACAAUGAUAGUGAUUUUUCUGCUAGCAUGGGCAGUGGAAGUAUAUCUUUCUGUGGCAUGUCUAUGGACUGGAAUGAUGUCCUGGCAGAUUAUGAAGCUCGUGAAUCAUGGCGUCAAAAUAAUUCAUGGGGUGAUAUAGUGGAAGAAGAACCUGCACGUCCACCAGGCCAUGGAAUACAUAUGCAUGAGAAACUCUCUUCACCAUCUCGCAAAAGAACAAUAGCAGAAUCUAAAAAGAAACAUGAGGAGAAACAGAUGAAAGCUCAACAGCUGAGAGAAAAGUUACGUGAAGAGAAAACGCUAAAGCUUCAAAAACUGAUAGAGCGGGAGAAAGAUGUGCGAAAGUGGAAAGAAGAAUUACUGGACCAGAGACGCAGGAUGAUGGAGGAAAAAUUACUCCAUGCUGAAUUUAAACGCGAAGUGCAGUUACAAGCAAUUGUGAAAAAAGCACAAGAGGAAGAAGCAAAGGUAAAUGAAAUUGCAUUUAUAAACACCUUAGAAGCCCAAAAUAAACGUCAUGAUGUCUUGUCCAAACUAAAAGAGUAUGAACAAAGACUAAAUGAAUUACAGGAAGAACGCCAACGGAGGCAGGAAGAAAAGCAAGCACGUGAUGAAGCUGUUCAGGAGCGUAAAAGAGCUCUGGAAGCAGAACGCCAAGCCCGGGUUGAAGAGCUGCUGAUGAAGAGGAAAGAACAAGAAGCUCGGAUUGAACAGCAGCGGCAGGAGAAAGAGAAAGCACGGGAAGAUGCAGCACGGGAAAGGGCCAGAGAUCGAGAGGAGAGGCUGGCAGCUCUCACUGCAGCUCAACAAGAAGCAAUGGAGGAGCUACAGAAAAAGAUUCAGCUGAAGCAUGAUGAAAGCAUUCGGAGACACAUGGAACAAAUUGAACAGAGGAAAGAAAAGGCAGCUGAAUUAAGCAGUGGCAGACAUGCUAAUACUGAUUAUGCACCUAAACUUACACCAUAUGAACGAAAAAAGCAGUGUUCAUUAUGCAAUGUCUUGAUUUCCUCAGAGGUGUAUCUCUUUAGCCACAUUAAGGGGAAAAAACACCAACAAGCAGUGAGAGAAAAUAGCAGCAUCCAAGGACGAGAGCUUUCAGAUGAAGAAGUGGAGCACCUGUCAUUGAAGAAGUACAUUGUUGAUAUUGUGAUUGAAAGCUCUGUUCCAGUAGAACCUUUAAAAGAUGGAGAGGAGAAACAAAAAACUAAAAAGAAGGCAAAGAAGCUGAAGGCACGGAUGAACUCCAGGGCUAAAGAAUAUGAAAGUUUAAUGGAAGCAAAAAAUGCCACCUCUGAAUCACCAUACAAAGCAAAGCUGCAGCGAUUAGCAAAAGAUCUUCUAAAGCAGUUCCAAGUACAGGAUAGCAGUUCAUUGGCAAACAACAAGGUUUCUGCUCUGGACAGGACUUUAGGAGAGAUUUCUCGUAUCCUGGAAAAAGAGAAUGCAGCAGAUCAGAUAGCAUUCCGGGUUGCAGGAGGACUCUCAGCCCUUGAACACAUUCUUCAAGUAGUGAUUUCUUCCACAAAUAUGAAUGCAGUUUCACGGAUUCCUCCCAAGUCACUCUGCAAUGCCGUAAAUGUUUACAACCUGACCUGCAGUAAUUGCACAGAAAACUGCACCUAUGUUCUGUUUAGUAAUAAGAUCACUUUUUUAAUGGAUCUGUUGAUGCAUCAGUUAACGGUUUGUGUUCCAGAUGAAUAUAAUGCAAUAUUAGGAAGAAGUGCAAAUAAGCAAGUAUUUGAAGGUUUAACAACUGGACUUCUCAGAAUCAUUGCUGUGGUCUUUAGAUGUCUGAUUUCCAGUCUACCAGAUGUAAACAAUCAGCCCACUGCACCCAAAAUAAUACAGGAAGUGAAAAACAAGCCCUCAAAAGUUGAGGCCUUUAACAGCAGAGUCCAGGACCUGAUCAGUUAUGUGGUGAAUAUAGGAUUGAUAGACAAGUUAUGCUGCUGUUUCCUCUCCGUCCAAGGUCCUGUUGAUGACAAUUCAAAAAUAGCUACUUUUCUGCAAAAUGCUACAGCAGUGUUACAUGGAAUGUGUCAGCUAUGUUUUGCUGUCAAUGGAAGGUCCUGGACCAUAUUUGACAAUACACGUAAGGAUCCCACAGGACUAACUGCAGUUCUUCAAACUACAGAUCUAGUUGGAGUCUUGCAUAUGCUGUACUGUAUUCUUUUCCAUGGCACAAUCUCAGACCCAAACAUGGCAAGUCCUAAAGAGAGUUAUACAGAGAACACGAUCCAGGUUGCUAUUCAGAGUUUACGUUUGUUCAGUAGCUUCGCAGUUCUUGAUUUGCCAGCUUUUCAGUCUAUUGUAGGUGCUGAGGGACUUUCCCUUGCAUUCCGUCAUAUUAUCAGCUCUUUGCUGUGGUACUCUUCUCAGCAUACCUGUGAAGAACUGCUACAUGAAGUCAUUGUUUGUGUUGGGUAUUUUACUGUCAACCAUCCAGAUAAUCAAGUAAUUGUACAAUCUGGCCGUCACCCCACAGUGCUGCAGAAACUAUGCCAGUUGCCUUUCCAGUAUUUCAGUGAUCCUCGCCUAAUCAAAGUGCUCUUUCCUACGCUAAUAGCUGCUUGUUACAAUAACCCUCAGAACAAGAUCAUUCUGGAGCAGGAGAUGAGUUGUGUUUUACUUGCCACAUUCAUUCAGGAUUUCACACAGAGUUCAGGACAAACAGAUAACCAGUCUUCUCAACAAAGAGAAAAAUUCUUCACUUCCCAAGAUUAUCUUGAGCUGUCUAACAGAUUCCCUUGCCAGGCCUGGGAAGAAGCACGACAGUUCUUCUUGAAAAAAGAGAAAAAAUAAGUGUUUUAUUUUGUUUCAAUUUUUAAAACAUCUAACAUGUUAAUGUUAAGCAAUUUGUGCUAACGACGUACUUUAAGAAACUGUUUUGGAAACUUCUAAAUACUCAUGUUGUAGAUAUAUAUAAUUUGCACUAUUUAUGUCUUAAGUACUGUAGAUACUUUAACGCUCUGUUUUUUAAUUCUGAAAAUUGUUUAUUUCAUUUACAUACUAUGUCAUGGUUUUGGUAGGUUCUACCCUAUAAUGUGUACUUCUUGCACUGUAAAACUGCUGAAAUUAGGUUACAAAUAGAGAAAAGGUUAUCUUCUAUGUAUCUUGUAAUAAAAUAACUUAUUCUGUU